UGCAGGGUCUGCACCAGUGUGAGCGGGUGGAGGAGGAGGUGGUGCUGGUGGUAGGGAGGCAGCCGGUGCUGGGAGGACUGGGCUUCUCAUGCAGCUGACUGGAUGUUGACGCACAUCUCUGCUCAGCCUCAUGAUUUUUUCCCCGGCAGCCUGAGGAACGAGCAGCGGAGGGCUGAGAGCGGACCGAGCCGCGGACCGGGGCAUCUCCACCAUGCAGCCGUUGACCACCGAACGUACAUCAUCUACACGAUUAUACCCGUCGAUGCUUUCCGGUUCCCCACCUUCAGUUCCGACCAUGGCAACAUAAGGCUGACUCUGCAGCUUCGUACUGGGAAUGACAAGGCUCCCAAGAUGGUCCGCAUCGCCAAGGCCUUGGGUUUGGUUAUUCUGUGCGUCGUUGUGCUCAUCCUGUCGCUCAUCAGCUACGUGUCUCUGAGAAAAGACAGCCUCUUCAGCUCCAACAAAUAUUACCCCGGAGGCCCGCGGAUUAUGUUUCAUGCAGGCUUUCGGUCUCAGUUUGCCAUGAAUUUUCUGGACCCUUCCUUCAUUCCACUGACGAAUGCCUUGAAUGAGGAGCUUCAAGGAAAACCAUACAAAUGGAAGUUCAACAGGACAGCAUUUCACCAGCAGAGGAAAGAAAUCUUCAGCUACAUCAACAUUCCCAACAACUUCUCCCUCAUUAAGAACAGUGUACGUGUGGGCCAGCUGAUGCACUUUGACUACUCCAGCCACAAGUACGUCUUCUCCAUCAGUAACAACUUCAAGUCUUUACUCCCCGACACCUCCCCCAUCCUCAACAAGCACUACAGUACAUGUGCUGUGGUAGGAAACAGCGGGAUCCUGACUGGGAGCCACUGUGGUCCUGAGAUCGACCAUGCCGACUUCGUCUUCCGCUGUAACUUCGCACCCACUGAGGUCUACUCCAAAGAUGUGGGCAAAAAGACCAACCUGACUACGUUUAACCCCAGCAUCCUGGAGAGAUACUACAACAACCUGCUGACCAUUCAAGACAGGAAUAACUUCUUCCUCAACCUGAAGAAGCUGGAGGGAGCCAUCCUCUGGAUCCCUGCCUUCUUUCUACACACCUCUGCUACAGUAACCCGAACCCUGGUGGACUUCUUUGUGGAGCACAAGGGCCAGCUAAAGGUUGAACUGGCCUGGCCAGGAAACAUCAUGCAUGAUGUCAACAAAUACUGGAAAACUAAGAACCUCUCUCCAAAACGUCUGAGCACGGGGAUCCUCAUGUACACGCUGGCAUCUGCCAUGUGUGACGAAAUCCACCUCUAUGGCUUCUGGCCCUUUGGAUGGGACCCCAACACAGGCAAGGAGUUGCCUUACCAUUACUAUGACAAGAAAGGGACCAAGUUCACUACAAAGUGGCAGGAGACGCAUCAGCUGCCCAGCGAAUUUAAACUGCUCUAUAAGCUGCACAGGGAAGGCGUGACCAAACUCAGUCUAACACACUGCACAUAGGUGUAUGAGUGCCAGAUUGUUUCACACAUCACUCCGGAAACCACGAGCCACAAACAUCAGCCCAUUUAUAGCAUUUGUUGUGUGACACAUAAGCAUGAUAGAUGGCAGUUGCUUUUGAAACUGCAGAGACCCACACCACUAUUUAAUUUAACUUGACAAUUUCUGUCUUUCUGGGUGUGUAAAUCACACAAAUCUUCAAUAAAUUGCUGUGUUAAGUAGAACUGUCAAGCUUUAAUAUUUGUCAUUUGCAUGACUGCUGACUAUAGCUCAACCAUUUGGCAAGAACAAACAUCCCUUUCAGCCGUCAAGUGAAAUCUUCCAGUUCUGAUUAAUGCAAAUGAACCACCUUUACAACAGUGUGCUGAUUAAUUACACUGAAAUCACUGCCUAAUCUCAGGGAUGGAGUUAGAUCAGUGUUUUUUCUAAUCAGAUUUUAUGCCUCAAGAGUGGUACAGUUCUUCAUUUCAGGAUUUUUUCCCCAUGAUUUGACAAUCUGCACUGCUCUUUAAGAUGGUAUUGUUUACAAGAUUGUCUCUAUAAAUAUCUACAUGUUUGUCUUUUAAUUUCUUUAGCCAGUGUGACUAUCAACCUUAAAUUUUGUUGCAGUUCUUCACUUGUUUUUUUUAUUGAUAACUAACAUUCCAACAAUAAGCCAUAAAUUCAUAAACAGAAAAUAUCUGUUGCCAUUUAUUGCAGAUAGAGGUGUCAGCCUACAUUUUAUACUUGGAAUAAAGAUAUUCUAGCAAUUCCAUAAAGCCAAAACAGGGGUACCAUUUAAAGUCACAGAGUAUUCAUUUUCUAAAAUUAAAUAUACAGAUUAACAAAUAGACAUAAAUUACAUAGGUUUGGGUUGAGUUGUACAGUUAUCACUGGGAAAUUCUGUAUUUCACAGAAUCCUAUGCUACUCAAAUUUAUUUUCAAUACAUUGCUAUGACAAUAUAUAACGAACACUGGCUUCUCAAAAAUGUGACAGUAGCUGUGUUUACAAAGUAUUUAUUUUUUUUACCCUGAAACAACAGUUGUGAACAUCCAAAGUAAUGUUUCUCUGCGAAACGUUAGUUAAAAUGGCUUUUAGCAUGUUGAUUACUAAUCACUGAAUCCAAAUAAUAUUCAACUUGGUCUAUUCAAGAGAUGGUUAGCUAAAGAGCCAUGCUUUGUUUUUUCCCUUAUUUUUAGGCAAUGCUAAGCUAAAAUGAUAUUUCAGGGUUUAACGUUUUCAUGAAACCCUUUUUAUUUAUUUUCUUGAACCAAAAAUAAGACACAUUAGCUAAUCAAGAUCUGCUAAAAAGCUAUAAAUCCUAAAUACAGAAGUUUGACCAGGCAGUGUUUUACUGUAAUAGAAUUGGCUAAUAAUUACAGUAUGCUAUGAUCAGUGUACAGUUCCAGCUUGGUUAUGUUUCUUUGAAAAUUUCAGUUUUGCAAAAUAUCAUAUAAUUCUCUCAAGAUAAAUCUCUAAACAUUUACAUCAGCCAUUACAUAAUAUAGCCUAUUUUUUACCCCUUCAACUUUGAACAUUUGCAAGCUAAGCCAACAUUAGCUUUGUCUGAUAAUUCUCCUUUUAGCUAUUAGCUAGCAGCAGCAAUGGCAAGUACAAGCAUACAAGCAGUUACAAGCAUAAUUUAUGAAAGUGUGAACAUGAAAAGCAGCUGGAAAAUGUCUUGAUUCUAAAUCUUCACUGCAUUUCAAAUUUUAAACCACUGCUACAAAAACAAAGGACAACAAUGUGACCUAGAUAGCAGUAGCAUGACCAACAAUGGGGGAAAUAUAUUUUGGACAAAACUGCUCUCAAUUUACCGGUCGGCCUACGUUCCUACCCUCACCUAUGGCCAUGAACUUUGGGUCAUGACCGAAAGAACGAGAUCCCGGAUACAAGCGGCGGAAAUGAGCUUCCUCCGUAGGGUGGC